ACAAGGAAUCAAUGCCACUGCUGGUAAUGGGCAAUCAUCUAAUGGCAGCAGACAAGAUUAUAAUGAGGACGUCAUGAAAUACAGUGAUCUCCCACCACCAGUUUCAGGCUACCAGAGGUCCUACUCAUCUCCAGAGAAUCUACAAAGACAAGCAAUGAUUAAUAACUUUUAUAAGCAGGAGUCUCCUCAUGGAUCCAGAGCACACCCAAUGGGCCAGCAGCCUAGUCCACCAUCAUCCAGUUAUACUCCGACCAAUAGCUGGUACAGCCCAAGCAGCAACCAUCCUACUCCACGUCGAUAUGAGUCUCCCCCUGAACACAGAAACUCAAGAAACAUUGCCUCUCACCCUUAUAAAAACGAACAAUACUACAACAGAGAUGUGUAUAGCAGAGUGGGUCAGGAGGAACACCAUCAUCGAGGCCAUGCUCAGGAGGAACACCAUCAUCGAGGUCAUGCUCAGGAGGAACAACAUCAUCGGAGUCAUGCUCAGGAUGAACAUCAUUAUCGAAGCCGGAGGCAGGAGAGAUUAAGUCCAAAUCCAAGGAAAGAACCAAGAUGGGGUCCACCUCACCAUUAACCUGUCCUAUGUAUCUCAAUGUUCCCUUUAAUGUAUUGGUUUGGAGAUCGUAUUAUUAU